ACAAGUUUUCUUUGGAUGGAAAAUGUAUGGGAAACGUGGCUUUCUUCUUUGGAAAUGGAUGAUCGCUCAUUGGAUGAAGACAAGUUUGCUAUAGAGAAUGUGCAACAACCAAGUUUCUCUUUUGAGGAUUUUAAUAAUGCCAAGUCUUCAAUUCAUGACAACUUGAUCAAGAAUAGUAAUAGCUCAAAUUCUCUCAUUUCUUCACAACAAACACCAUCUCAAUACCUUCUCUCUUUUGAAAACUCAUCUUUGGAACCUUCUCCUAAUAACAUCAUGGACCCUAAAACAAUAACAUUGAAUAACAAUGAGAGUGGUGAGUUACCAAAAGUAAUUAAGAAAACAAACAAGAAUCGUAGAAGUUCAUCUGGGAGACAAGAUCAUAUCAUGGCUGAGAGAAAAAGAAGACAAGUUAUUGGUGAGAGGUUCAUAGCACUUUCUGCCACCAUUCCUGGAUUGAAGAAGACAGAUAAAAUGUACAUACUUGAACAAGCUAUCAAUUAUGUGAAGCAACUUCAAGAGAAAGUAAAAGAGCUGGAUAAUGAAAACAAAAUGAAAAACAAAUAUUCAGAAAUAUUGAUAAAAGAAUCUCAAGCUUGCAAAAAAAAGGAUGAUAUUGAUGAGGAUAAAUAUUACUCCAAUAAAGAACUACCUAAAGUUAAAGCAAGAGUGAUAGAUAAGGAAAUUAUGAUUGGAAUCCAUUGUGAGAAACAAGAGAAUAUUGUGGUGAAAAUAAUGGGUUUGCUUCAAAAUCUUCAUCUAUCACUUGCUAGUAGUAGCAUAUUACCAUUUGGAAAUUCCACUCUUAAAGUUACAAUCAUUGCUAAGAUGAAUGAUAAGUACUGCAUGAACGUGACUGAUCUAGUUGAAAACCUGAGGCAUUAUCUCUCAGAAUUACCAGACAAUCAGAAUAACAUUUGUUGAAAGUUGUGUUUGGUUUUAUUUUCCGCACUGUAUUUUGUUAUUAUGAACAUACUUGAUGUACGAGUAUGAGAAACUUUUUACUCAUGUAAUCUCGUAUACUAUUUUAUUAUGUUUCAGUACCAGUAUUAACAGUUUAAACGUGAUAAUUCUAGACAUAUCCCGUUUAGAUUGUUACAAUUACUGUCAUCAAAUAAGAGACAUUGACAAUACUCCAGAGAGGACAUAAGCCUUCACCACUAUCGUCAAUCUUCAAACAUUUUACCUUUAUAUUUUUUUUGGAUCGCACAGCCGUUUGGAUUUCAUCCUAAG